AUGGCUACCCGACCGAGAGCCCAGUCAGAUCCGCUCCAUACGCAUGCGUACCGCUAUCAUGUACAGUUAAUGUACCUCAUUGCAGAAGUCUACAAGCGCAACCAGGCAACAUCUCCCCUGCUGCGUCUCCCAGCCGAGCUGCGCAUGAAGAUCUACGACUACGUCUUCGAUGCUGGAAGCAUCAGUCCCAAGUACGAGACGCAGGACCAUCGUACCUGGGAGUACCCGCGCACCAACCUGUCACUCAUCCAAGCCUGCCGCCAAACAUGGGCGGAGACCAGACUGCUUCCCUUCACUCGCAACGUCUUCAGCGGCUACUCGGAGCACGUGAUUGAGAUGCUGUGCAAGAACCUCACGCGCAGCCAGGCCAAUGCUAUUUCCAGAGUAAGACUCCUCGUCGAUGCGUUCGCCAUCUAUCGCGAUGGCAAGAUCCCGCAUUCGGGUCUCAAACCAUGGAUCAUUGUGGAGCUCAGCGACUUGUGCAUGUUUGAGGGCCUCAAGGAGUUGGAACUGGUUUGGUUUGGCAGCGAUAUUGAACCUGUUCAAACCGAGUUACAUAAGCAAGUCACCGAGGUGUUGGAGAGGUCGGGUCGCACGGAUAUCUUACUCACAGUUGUUCCUGACCCUCCUCCUCCUCCUCCAACGAACUGA